GGAAAAACGGAGUUGGAUAAAAAAGCUGGGCAAUUGGACUAUAUCACAGACCGCAGAAGUCGUUAGGAAAGAAUUAGACAAUCAUGGGAUUCAAGGACGAGUCUAUGUACUAUUGACUAAAAUGAGAAAACGAAAGGAGAUAUUAGAGAGUGAAGAGAAAAUGGUUGAGGCUAAUACAGAGGCGACCGGUGUUCUGGACAAGGAGAAUAGUUCAACAUCAAAAUUUGAUGGAAAUAGUGGCCAGAAACUAGGGUGUGGAAUUAUCGCGAGAUCAUCAGGAGUCUUCGAAAAUACGAAAAGAAUUUGUGCCUGCGAUGGGACGACCCUGUGGGAUGAGCGAGAUGAGUCUAAACAAAAAGGUUCAUUCAAAAAUACUUUCAUAUAUCCAGUUUUUACUUAUGAGGAGGGCUGAAGGUAUUUAU